AUGGCGGGCGCUGUCUUUUCGCCAUUGAACAUACACCAGGAUUCAACUGCAUUAGCUGCACAAUACAAACUAAUUGAAGCUAAAGUCAUAUUCAUCGAUAAUCAGUUCCUCAAUCUCGUCAUUGAAGCCUUCGAGAUCCUCGUCAAAACAUGCACCGAUUUCGAGUUUCCUCUUGUCGUUUUAAUGUUAGAGACUGAUCCAUAUGCUAAAACAGCCGCCGAUGAUAAUCAGUUUUUGGGUUACAAAACUUAUGAUUCGCUUCUCAACGUGGAAAACAAUUCUGGGUUUGAGAUUUUAAGGCCACAGGGUGAAUUUGAUCCGAUUUCCAUUGUGUUUACUUCAGGCACGACGGGGGAACCAAAAGCAGUGGUUCAUAGUCAUAGAGGAGCUUACUUAGCAACCGAAAUGAAAGCCAUGCCGAUUUAUUUAUGGACAGUCCCGAUGUACCACUGUAAUGGGUGGUGUUUCACUUGGUCAACCGCCUCACUCGGUGGCACUAACAUUUGCCUUAGAACAUACGACGCCAAGUUCAUAUUCGACGCCAUUGUUGAAUACAACGUCACCAACCUCGGUGGUGCAACGCCCGUUCUUAGCUUAAUCGCUAAUGCGAACCAGAACCCACUUCCAUUCAAGGUUAAUAUAAUGACCGGCGGUGCUCCACCACUGCCACAGGUGGUUUUAAAGAUCGAAGAGCUUGGGUUAAUUCUUACUCACUCGUAUGGGAUGUCGGAAAUGUUAGGACCUGGAACUGUGUAUCCAUGGCGGCCUGAAUAUGGCUCUUUGUCCCUUCAACAACAAGCCAAAACCAAAGCUCUUCAUGGUUUGAACCAUAUGUUAAUGGAAGCUGUUGAUGUUAAAGAUCCGGUGACAAUGGAAAGUGUUUCCUUUGAUGGCUCACUUUAG